UAUCGAACUUCACUAUCAUAUCUAAUAGUUAACCUAGGAUAGAACUUAGAUAUAUACACUUUCUUUCCCUUCGCUUACGCAUAUAUAGUUCUGAGUAAGUAACAAAGGGGUAUAUGCUAACAUGCGUUCCAUCUUUGUGGCCUUGGUUCUGUCAUGCUGUAGUCUUUCACAAAGUACUCUUGAAGUCUUCCAGGCCUCACCUCCUCCCCGGUCAACACUUGACGCUCCAGCGUGUCGCCAUGUGUUAUUCGAGCAUGAUUUUGGUAAUAGUUACGGUGCUCCGUACGUGGGACCCUAUACGCCACCUGAAGGCUGUAAUUUCACCACUACUAUUUUCAACCUGAGUGUAGUGUCGAGUGGACGGCAAUUCGAUCGGCUUGCAACACUAUGGCUUGGUGAUAUUGAAGUGUGGAGAACUUCUACCGCAAUGCCGACUCAAUCAGGGAUCCAUUGGUCGUUCCAAAAAGACAUGACUAUAUGGUACACACUAUUAACACAGAGCCAAAAGCUCAUCUUUGAUCUUGGAAACCUGAUUGAUGGGGAUCGAUACACUGGCCAUUUCAAUGUCACAAUGGAAGCUCUAUACUAUGAUGACCGUUAUAUCUCGGGCUUCCACCCUGCAGAACAUAUCUACCCCAUCUCGACGUCAUCAUCUUCGACUAACGCUACUUCAUUAUUCUCACUCCCCGACGACAGUGGGGUGGUCAAUCUUACCCUCCCAAGGAACGUAAAACAUGCGGUGGUUUCGGUCACGGCCUCUGGCAACGGCGAAGAGGAGUUUUGGUUCACGAACGUGCCGUCGGAAUACGUCCAUACAUUCCCCAGCAACGAUGGCUGGCUAUAUGAAUACAGUCCGUUUCGCGAAGUGCAGGUGCUCAUUGACGGCCGGCUUGCUGGCGUUUCGUGGCCCUUCCCUAUCCUCUUCACCGGCGGUGUUGACCCGGGUGCGUGGCGGCCCAUCGUCGGCAUCGAUGCCUUUGAACUAUCUCCAUUUGAGGUUGACAUCACCCCUUGGCUUGGCUUACUUACAGACGGACAACCGCACACUUUCCAAUUGCGUGUGGUGGGGUUUGACACAUCUGCGGAAGAUGGUAUAGGCCCCAUUGGAGAAAAUUGGUGGGUUUCAGGGUCCGUCUUCGUCUGGCUUGAUGAGGCGACCGAGCAGAAGACUAGCAACAACUUCCGUAUCGAGACUACACCGCCUUCUUUCGACUUCCAUCCGGUCGUUGGUAUAGAGGUAUCUAACAAUGGUACGAUUUCCAACACCUCAUUUCAUUUUGCGUUAACAGCAAGCCGAAAUAUAACGAUCUCUUCCACGAUCACAACAGGGACCGACACGCGCGACGUAGUAUGGACGCAGAGCCUCUCGUUUUAUAACAUACAGAACAUGUCCGACUUGGCUUUCAAUCAAUCACUGUCCAUGAUCACGUCGGGCAGUUACUCAGACUCGAUCUCAAACGUUAUAUCUCAUUACGUUUAUCCCUUAAACCUCUUCAGUGCAUAUGAUGUAGCCUCCUCCGGAGCAACGACGAAUCCUGGCUCUGUUUUCUGUAUGGUCGAUCGAAGCAAGCUGACAGAUGGUAUAUCUACGCUGCCUUUCUUUACUGGGAUAUCUGUCGGUUCGGAGAGCCUUCAUACUAGACAGAAUGUUACAUCGAAUUACCACUGGAAUAGGACGAUCGUGGAGGGGACGGAAGGUCUAGACGCGAUGGAUGGUGAAGUAUGGCUUUCGUAUUCUGGUAUUGCGGCGAGCGGGGACAGCGUCGUGGCAUAUCACCGAUAUGCUAAGGAGAAGAAUGAUAGCAUCUUGGUAGAUGAGCAGGGCUGGGGGCCAUUACAGGUGCCCAGUACAAUGCCUCUUCCACUCCCAGAUGAUUGAGAUGAUGUUGAUGCCGUCCAGUCUUAUUGUAUCCGUCCAAUUAAAACCCUUGAUAUAAGCCCAAUUUUGGUGGAUACCUAACCGCUAUAAUUUAAGCUUUCCCAGCCCGGAAGUCCACUAUAAACCCAUAAGUUUCAGUUAACUUUUGCAACAAAAC